AUGCACAUGACGAUCAAGGAGGUGGCCAACCCUUACUACACACAAGUGACGAGUUUCGACAAGGUGGUCGUUGCGGGCCGGAAGAAGUACAUCAUAAGUUUCUGCAUCAAGCAUCUGAUCCGAUUUACGAAGGAGGACCAGAUGGAAGGCUUGGCCGAAUGGGCCAAAUGGGGAACCGAGUUUCCAAUAAUCGUGACCGACUACGGCUUCAAGUGCUACGUUGGCGGCGACUUCGACGUCGACGUCGAUUGUCUCGUCCGGCGGUGCGACGGGGGUGUAAUCGAUUUGAGGGUUUCCAGCCGGGUCGAGGAAUACCAGCCUUGCCCUUGGCCUCCACUUCCCGAAAACCACGGAUGGAAGAUAAUCUCACAGGAAUCCUGA